AUGUCCACAGAAGAAAAACAUCUGCAAACAGAUGUUAUAAAUAACUCGACCCAAGUCUCAAAUUCCGUCGAAAAACUGCUGAGAGAUGAUGAAUAUGCUGGUGAUAACUUAGGCUCCGACAUACAGAUCGAAGACGACGGUAGAGAACCUACAGAUCAUGAAAUGGAAACUCUAAGACACGUUUCUGAAUCCAUUCCAAUGUCGUGUUGGUUAGUUGCCGUUGUUGAAUUAGCUGAAAGAUUCUCCUAUUAUGGGUUGUCAGCACCAUUCCAGAACUAUAUGCAAUUUACCCCAGACCAUUCACCAAAAGGUAUGCUUGGCUUAAAGCAACAAGGUGCCACGGCGUUGUCGUAUUUUUUCCAAUUCUGGUGUUAUGUCACUCCUAUUCUUGGUGGUUGGAUUUCUGACACCUAUUGGGGUAAAUACAAAACAAUUUUUGUCUUUUGUGUUAUUUACAUUGUUGGUAUUUUCUUAUUAUUUAUUACUUCCAUUCCCUCCAUAACCAGUAAAAGCACUGCUACUGGGGGGUACAUCGCUGCUAUCAUUAUCAUUGGUCUUGGUACUGGUGGUGUCAAGUCCAACGUUUCCCCCUUGAUUGCUGAUCAAAUUCCUAAAAAGAAACCCUACAUUAAGGUCACCAAAAAGGGAGAAAGAGUGAUUGUUGAUCCAAACAUUACUGUUCAAAAUGUGUUCAUGUUCUUUUACCUUAUGAUCAACAUUGGAUCUUUGUCAGUUAUUGCCACUACCGAAAUGGAGUCUCACAUUGGUUUCUGGUCUUCUUACUUGCUUACGUUCUGUUUCUUCUUUAUCGCCAUUGCUGCCUUGAUUAUUGGUAGAAACAAAUAUAUCAAGGUUCCUGUUGGUGACAAGAUUGUCAACAAGACUUUCAAAUGUGUUUGGGUGGGUAUCAUGAACGGGUUUAACUUUGAUGCUGCCAAGCCCUCUGUCAAACCAGAAAAAUCUUAUCCAUGGGAUGAUCAUUUCGUUGAUGAGGUCAAAAGAACUAUAUCUGCUUGUAAAGUGUUUGUGUGGUACCCUAUCUACUGGGUGCAAUACAAUGGUAUGAUGAAUAUGUUUGUUAGUUCUGCAGCAGGGAUGAGUCGUGAUAUUCCAAAUGAUUUCUUGACUGUGUUUGACAGUGUGGCCAUUAUAGUAUUUAUCCCAAUAUUCGAAAGAUUUUUAUAUCCUUUAGUCAGACAUUUUACUCCAUUCAAACCCAUCACAAAGAUUUUUUGGGGAUUCAUGUUUGGAUCCGGUGCCAUGGUUUACGCCGCUGUUUUGCAACACUAUAUCUACAAAGCUGGUCCAUGUUAUGACCAUCCAUUGGAUUGUCCAAACGGUAACAACAUCAACAUUGGUUUGCAAACACCUGCAUAUGUCCUUAUUGCCAUCUCUGAAAUUUUGGCCUCGAUUACUGGUCUUGAGUAUGCCUACACUAAGGCACCUGUCCAAAUGAAAUCUUUGGUCAUGGCAAUGUUCUUACUUACAAACGCCGUUGGUGCUGCCAUUGGUAUUGCCUUGCUGAGUGUUAGUGUUGAUCCAAAAAUGGUGUGGACAUAUCUGGGAUUAGCUGUGCUGUGUUUCAUUGCCGGUUGCUUGUUCUUGACUUUGUUCAGACACUACAAUAAAAAGGAAGACGAAUGGAACAAUUUGGAAUACGAAACCAAUAUCGAUGAGACUGGACUUAUGCCAGUUUCUUCAUUGACUCCGUCACGCAAGUCCAUUGCAUAG